AUGGAGCGCCGCCGCCUGGAGCGCGCGGCGGCGGAGAAGGCGCGCGUCGAGGCCGCCGCCGCGACCGCCGAGCUGAAGGCACUCGCCGCCCAGGAAGCCGCCGCGCGGGAGAUGGCCCGAGCCAUCGAGGUCGCGGCGGUCCGAAGCCUUCGCGAAAACCUGGAGCGACGCGCGGCGCCGUGGCGCGAGUCUCGCGCGCGCAGGGCAAAGGGCGUCACGUGGUCCACGACGCCCAAGCCGAUAUUCGUCUCCUACGCGCCCACCCCGGACGCCACGUUCGCGGAGCUCGCCUACUGCAAGAAGAUCGCGGAGACGCUCAACGACGACGUCAGGACGAAACCCCCGCCGGGAGAAUCGAGGGGCGAACGCGUUCGACUCGCGUGGCUGGACGCGUCCGAGCUCGGGACGCUCGUGACGUCCACGGACGAGCGCGCGCUGGCGAGGCUGGAGGCGUGCGAGUCGUGCGCCGGGGUGAUCGCCAUCGUCACGCCCGCGUAUAAUGGGUCGGAGCAAUGCGCCGUCGAGAGGGACGCGGUGCGUAUACGGCGCGCGAGCGGUAUCAUCGGCGGGGAAGGUGACGAGGUGCCCGUCGUCGCCAUCGUGGUCCAACAACCGCGGGUGUCGUCGGUCGUGGGGUCCAUCCAAAGGGACGACGGAGAUCGCGACGGAGAAGGCCCUCAAUCCCUCAAUUCCUCGUCGUCGUCUGAUCCGGUGGCGAUGGCGCCACCAGAGGGUUUGCUCGGCGCCGGCGACCCACCGCCGAUCGUCGUUCCGCACGAAUACGACCCGACGGUCGCCGCGGAGGCUGCGCUGAGCGCGCUGGAGUCCUUACGCGGUCGCAGCGCGCAGCUUCGCGAGUGCCUCGGCGGCGCGGCGCACCCGGGAUUCGAUCCCGCGACGAAAACUUUCGACGCAUCCACGUUAACCGCUCUGACCAAACGAGCGCCGCCGGACGAGAGGGACGUCAAGGCGUGGAUGGACGCGAACGGCGGGUCGUGGCGACGUCGGCCGUUCCUGGAGUGGACCAAACACGAGGCACACGCGUUUCUCCUGUCGCACGGGACGUACCUCAAGCCCUACGCGGAUGCCAUGCUGUCUUUCGGCGUGGACGGUUUUCUCCUCGCGGCGAUUGAGGACGAGGACCUGCGUACGACCUUCGCGGUGGCGAACGGCAAUCACAGGCACGUGAUCCUGACCCGCCUCGCGGCGCUGUGCGGCAAACGUCCGCCGGUGAACAAGGAGGCGCUGGCGCGGCACGAGACGCUGAUGCGAAGGCGGGUGGGGAUUCAAACGUCGACGGAUCCGGCGGAGCAAAAAAAGACAAAAGCGGCGACGCACCCGGUGCUUCAAAAGUACCUCACCGACGUGCCGCCGUCGCCCACGGGGGUGACGAUCGUGGAGGGAACCGGGGCGAGGUUGGCGAGGAUGUCGGACGAGCAGCUGAGGGACUUUUGCGCGGAGAUUUUCAUCCGCGCCACGGACGAUUUCGACGGCUAUCUCAAUCGCGCCGAAUUUAAGAAAAUUCUCAAAGGCGCCGACUUGGGGUUCAGCGCGCGUGACGUCCGAGAGAUCAUGGCGGAGGUUGACCAGAAGACGUGGGAGAACGCGGACGGGCUGAUCGACUGGCACGAGUUCGAGCCGCUGGCGAUGCGGCUGAUGCGAACCAUCGGGUGCACCGUCGCCGCGCGAGCCGCCGAAGAAGAAGAUUCGACCCGAGAAGAGUCGACGUCUUCCGGAUACUUCGACACGCUUCCGGAUACUUCCAGACGUUCGCGACCGAUGAACGAAACGGGCGUGCAGUACACCCUGUCGCGCGUGUUUCACGACGCGACCGGUACCGACGACGUCGGCGCGGGAGGGGAAAGAUGCGUCAUGACGAAAGACGCGUUCUCGCGAACCUUGCGGUUCGCUCAAACGGGCUUGGCGAAAACCGAGAUAGACGCGCUCGCAAAGAAGGCAUCGGCGAACACCCGCGACGGCUCGAUCGCGUACCGCGAGUUCGAGCCCGUCGCCCGCGAGGUGCUUGCGCGCCGCGUGAAUGGCGAGUACGCCGCCGCGUCGAUGUACGAAACCGGCGGCGAGCUCCUCAAGCUCGUGUUGACCGCCUUUGACGCCGUGUCCGGGGGCGAGGCGCGAGUGCCCGUCGUCGGCGCCGCCCCCAAGGGCAUCACAACAGCCGGCAUCGCGCCCCACGUCGGCUCCAUCCGCGACGCGAUGCUCGUCAACCUGAGGGAUUACGGCGUCCCCGUGAGUAACCUCCACGCGGCGGUCGUGUGCGCGGAGGCGUGCCGCGUUGCGUCCUCCGUCGGUACCGUGGAUUGGCGCGCGUUCGCCCCCGUCGCGGCGGAUCGCCUGCGGGGCAUGCUCGACGCGGCCGAGGCGGAACGUCGCGACGUCGCCGUCGCCACCUUCGCCGCGACGGAGGGCGCCAAGGUGAUUGCCGAGCUCCGGCACCACGACAGGUCCACGCUCAGGGCGCUGCUCUCGGAGGCGUUCACGGCGGCUGACGAGGACGGAUCCGGCGCGCUCGACCGCGACGAGCUUCAAAACGUGCUGCUCGCGUUGGCGCGGAGAAGAGAGAUCACGCCGCCGAUGCGCGCGGCGAUGUCCAUGUCCAUGCGGUGCGUGGACGUCGACGGCGACGGGGUGGUGCGGUACGGCGAGCUGGUUGAUUUCUUCUGCGACGUCGUCGGGCACAUGGAGCGGGGCGCGAGGGUGAGAGCCGCGCUCGACGCUUCCGAGCGGCGCGCGGCCGCGAAACGCGACGACGACGUUCGUCGCGCCAAGGCUCUCGAGGCUGAAAAGGCGCGCGACGCCGCGGAGGUGGCGCGCGCGAACAGAGCGUUGAAGAUUGCGAGGCUCCGAGCGGAGUGCGCCAAGUACCUAUCCGCGCUCACCAGCGACAACGCGUACGCGCUGUACAGGGACGCGGUGGACAUCGUCGCGAGAUUUUCCGGCGAAACAUCAUCCCACGUUACAUCCGGCGACGAGGUUAUUACCGGUCCUUCCGACACACACGAGGGCACCGGUGCUUCCGACACAUACGACCCUAACCCUAACCCUAAACCUCCGUUCGACGUUCACGCUGUGGAGCUUCGUCGGGGGACGGAGACGCGGAUAGGAACCGUCGCGCCGAGGUCGCAGGUGUUGAGGGUCGUGGUGUCGACGUGCGCGUCCGCGGUGAACGCGACGAUGCGACGGGGCGAGGGAGCGUCGUGGCCGGCGGUUGGGUACCCAAAGGCGAACGACGACGAAAACGGCUCAAACGAUUCAAACGGUUCAAACGGCUCAGACGGAAACGGAAACGGCGGCGUCGGCGUCGCGGUGGACGUGCCGGAGCUCGACGCGUCGCACGGGGCGGUGAGCCUGGCGUCAUCGGCCGGGGACGAGUCUGGGUCGGGGAGGCCCGUCGCGGCGGGACCGGGUGGAUACUUCGCGUGUCCGUUCAGGGGGGGCGCCACGCGGGGGUACAUCGCGGUGGACACCGUCGGGGAGAAGUUCGCCGACGGGCGGCGAAUCUCGGACGAAGAUAAGGAGAUCGUGAGGAUCGUGGCGGAGUGCGUGGGUGACGCGCUGGAGGAGGGGUUUCGCGCGAGGGAGGGGGAGCGGGAGGAGAAGCGGCGCGCGGCGCUCGAGAAGUUCGACAGCGAGGAGGAACGGAAACGGCGGGAGGAGGAGUUCCUGGCGAGGUACCGCGGGAAGUGA